AUGGGGCCUCAAGAAGAAAUUCUCUUUGGGCGUAUCGCCUACUCGAACAACGGAGCCAGCAUGGGUUUGGGAUGAAUACUCUUUCUCUCUCUCUGCACUCAGAGAACCUUUGGCAUUGGUGCUUGGAUUGUUUACCUGGCUACCAAUAACAAUAAAAGCUCCAAAAGCAAAUUCUUUUGAUUCCAUUGCCCCUUUAUUCCACUUAGGGUGGCCCUUCUGCAGUUUCAUAGACCCCACGCUCUUCCUCUCUCUCUCUCUCUCUCUCUCUCUCUCUCUCUCUCUCUCUCUGAUAGUUCACCCCACUCUAACUUACACCUGCCUAUAUUCGUCGCUCCCCUAUUCACCACUCUUUUGGAAGAAUCCACCCAUGGCGAUUGGUGCAGGAGGAUCAGGAGUUGUGGUCCCAAGAAAUUUCAGAUUACUGGAGGAGCUGGAAAGAGGAGAGAAAGGUAUUGGGGAUGGAACAGUUAGCUAUGGCAUGGAUGAUGGAGAUGACAUAUACAUGCGAUCUUGGACGGGCACCAUCAUUGGUCCUCGGCAUUCAGUCCAUGAAGGUAGAAUCUAUCAAUUGAAGCUAUUCUGUGACAAAGAUUAUCCUGAGAAGCCUCCAAGUGUUAGAUUCCACUCGAGAGUCAACAUGACCUGUGUGAAUCAUGAGACUGGAGUGGUAGAGCCAAAGAAAUUUGGAAUGCUAGCCAAUUGGCAACAUGAGUACACAAUGGAGGACAUAUUGACUCACUUGAAGCUGGAAAUGGCAGCACCAUAUAACAAGAAACUGGUUCAACCUCUGGAAUCCACCUUCUUUUAGAGCCAAUUGAGCACUUUUAUUACAUUCGAACUUUUAUGUAAUUUCUCCCUUCUUUCGAGUGUGGUGAUUGUCAAGACCACUUGUGUAAUCUCUCCAUCUUUCUUCUUGUGUUGGGGGUUCUCAUGGAGCUUCUGCUCUAUGCAACUUGCAUUGAACUGUUAUAAGUGAGUGAGAAAAUAUACUACGCUAAGCUAUACUAUGUUAUAAAUGUUAAGCCUUUGCAUUGAACUGUUA